AGAGUGAGAGAGACAGGACGGAGGGCGUUGGACGGGUAGUUGAGCCUCACAGCUGUCAGCCGGCGUGGUCACGUGACUGGUCGUCCCGUCAGGCACAAGUGACAACAUGGCCGCUCCUCAGACACCGCAAGUUUGCCGCGGCAUUGUUAAACAGGUUCUAUCUGGCGAUGCUGUCAUUGUCCGUGGACAGCCUAAGGGGGGACCGCCCCCUGAGAGACAAAUCAACUUCUCAAAUGUCGUUGCGCCUCGUACAGCUCGAAGAGCAACAACAAAUGCCCCAGAGACGGUUGACGAGCCGUAUGGCUGGGAGAGCAGAGAAUUUUUGCGCAAGAAGGUGAUUGGCAAGGAGGUUCUUUUUACCGUUGAAACCAAGACUCCUACUGGAAGAGAGUAUGGUGCUAUUUAUCUUGGAAAAGAUAUAGCAACGGGAGAGAACUUGACGGAACUUAUGGUUCAAGAAGGCCUGGUGUCAGUUAGAAGGGAAAGCAUCAGAGGAGAGUCACCUCUCCUAGAAUAUGAAGAUUCUGCUAGAAACCAGGGCAAAGGCAAAUGGGCCGGUAAUGAUGCGAAACAUGUUCGCAAUGUGAAAUGGGUGUGUGAAAACAUGCGUUCGUUUGUGGACAAAGCAAAAGGUAAACCCAUGGACGCGAUCAUUGAGCACGUCCGUGAUGGUUCCACUGUCCGCUGUUUCCUCCUCCCAGAAUACCACUACAUUACCUUAAUGAUUUCUGGUAUUAGGUGCCCAAUGAACAAACUGGAUGCUGAAGGCAAACCUGACAAAUCCAGCAGUGAGCCAUUUGCCGAUGAGGCUCGCUUCUUCACAGAAUCUAGGCUUCUCCAGCGAGACGUUCAGAUUAUUUUGGAAACCUUCAACAAUAACAACUUUGUUGGCUCCAUCAUUCAUCCGAACGGGAACAUUGCAGAAGCAUUGUUGCGGGAUGGCUUUGCAAGAUGUGUUGAUUGGUCCAUAGCAACAGUAACUGGAGGACCAGAAAAAUUGAGAGCGGCCGAGAAACAAGCAAAAGAAAAACAGGUUCGUCUAUGGACGGAUUACAAGCCCUCGAGCCUAUCGAUAGCCGACAAAGACAAGGAAUUCACUGGCAAAGUCGUAGAAGUUGUAAAUGGUGAUGCUCUGGUUGUUAAACGUCAGGAUGGAACAACUAAAAAGAUUUUCUUGUCCAGUGUAAGGCCUCCGAGACUUCCAGAUGCAGAUACCCCUAGGCCCCCAGGCAAGAACUUCCGCCCUCUCUACGAUAUUCCUUGGUUAUUUGAGGCAAGAGAGUUCUUGCGCAAGAAGCUUAUUGGACAAAAAGUUCAGUGUACUGUUGAUUACAUCCAACCAGCUCAGAAUAACUUCCCAGAAAAGACCUGCUGUACUGUCAGAAUUGGAGAUGUUAAUGUUGGAGAAGCAAUGGUGAGCAAAGGCUAUGCAACAGUUAUUAGAUACAGACAAGAUGAUGACCAGCGUGCCAGUUGUUACGACGAUUUGCUGUCUGCGGAAGCCAAGGCAAUAAAAUCUGCGAAGGGUCUCCACAACAAAAAGGAAACUCCAAUUCACAGAGUUGCUGACAUUUCUAGUGAUGUCGGAAAAGCCAAAGGUUUUUUGCCAUUCUUGCAACGUGCUGGUCGCACCGAAGCAGUUGUGGAGUUUGUGGCUUCAGGUUCCCGUGUUCGUCUGUUUAUACCGAGAGAAACGUGCCUCAUUACAUUCCUGCUGGCAGGCAUCAGCUGUCCCAGAGCCACGCGACCUGCUCCUGGAGGUGUUGGAGGCACAGUGCCGGGUGAACCUCAUGGAGAGGAAGCACUUGCGCUCACCAAAAAUCUUGUAUUGCAGCGCGAGGUUGAGAUCGAGGUUGAUUCCAUGGACAAAGGCGGAAAUUUCAUCGGGUGGCUUCAUGUGGAAAACAAAAAUCUUUCCGUUCUUUUGGUUGAAGAGGGUCUGAGCUCGGUUCACUUCACUGCAGAGUCGUCCAAGUUUUAUCAUCUACUCACUGCUGCUCAAGACUCUGCCAAACAAAAGAAAAUUGGUAUUUGGUCCAAUUUUGUUGAAGAAGAAAAAGAGGAAAAGGUUGAGGACGCAGUAAGCGAGCGCAAAGUAGACCACAAACCCAUGAUGAUUAGUGAAGUGACUAGAGAAGGUGUAUUGUAUGGUCAGUACUGUUCUGAGGGACCUGCCCUUGAACAGAUGAUGGACAACCUUCGAACAGAAUUUGCCACGAAGCCACCUCUCGGGGGAGCAUAUAUUCCCAAGCGAGGUGACUUGUGUGCUGCUCAGUACACUGAUGGGCUCUGGUAUCGUGCUAAGGUUGAAAAGGUAGCCGGAAGCAACGUGUCUGUACGGUAUAUUGACUAUGGUAAUAGAGCAGUGACUCAAGCCAUUAAAUGCGCAUCACUUCCUGGUAGCUUCUCGUCUGCACCACCUUAUGCGCAUGAACUACAUUUUGCCCUUGUCAAGUUCAGUAAAGAUGAAGACUAUGUUGAGGAUGCAUUGACAUCACUAAUGAAUGAAGUAAUGGAGCGAGAGGUGUUGGUCAACAGAGAAUACCGUAUUGGAGGUUUGGAGUAUGUGACUAUUCAGCGAGCAGACACCAAAGCUGAUGUAGCCCGCACUCUUCUUGCACAAGGUUUGCUGCUUCUCGAUGAACGCAAAGACAAAAGAUUGCAAUCUUUGGUGACCGAUUACCGCAGUGCCCAGGAAGAAGCGAAGAGGAAACACCUAAGCAUCUGGCAGUACGGCGACGUUACCGACGAUGAUGCCCACGAGUUUGGCAUGGAGCGGUAAAGAGGGCUGCAGUCUGCACAACUGCAAUGCAGACAUGCUUCAUCAAGAGUGGUGACUGAGAGUUGAGGAUAACAUUCUGUAUGGGGAGAUACGUCUGAUGCGAAAUAUUGGUGAUACUCAAUUGAAUUAUAUACUGUGGUAUAUACACAAAUUAUUUGGGUGAUAUAAACAAUGCACUUCAAGUAAUUUUCACCAUUUAAUUCUCCAAAGUAGUUUGAAACUUUACCUCACAAAAAAAGUACCAAUAUUACCUAUUGGUGAAGGUUGUCAUCAAUGCUCUCUUGCCACAGUCACUUGUGUAUUUAUAGUAUACCUAGAAAGUUUUUAAAAUGGAAACAUUGUAUACACUGUCUUCAGUUGAAUGCGACUACCAGAGCCGUUAAUUUUUUAUAUGUUGAAUGUUAUCAACAGGUUGGUCGGUGUAUGUUCAUAAAGCCCUUAUGUUCAUAUGUUAAUUUUUUUUUUUUACUUUGUGGUCUUUUUGUUUCCUGAAGGUGUGUGUAAUAGUCCACUAGCUUUCUAAGUUUACUUGGUGUCUCCUCAACCUCAGCCCCUAAACUCUGGUAGCGAAAUAUUUGGCUGAAGGUGACGUAACUAAUGUAACGGAACUUUUGGCAUCUGUUGCAUCUUGCAAACAAAGGUUGUUUCUGAAUCCUACAUAUUUAUGAAUGACUGGGCUCUCAAUCUAGGGGGGUUCAAUGUUAUUAAAUUUUUUAAUUUUUUUUUAAUAUUUUGUAUUUUUUUUGUUGCAUGUAUGAAGGCUGCAAUUUAUAUAAAUUUAUACAUGCCAAAAUAAACAAACAUAGAUGCAGUUUCAGCAUCUUAUAAGACAAUUUUAGUCUUUAACUGUGACGUAGGAAGUUGUAAUUAGUAUAUUGCGCAGAGAUUAUAUGCAGAUUAAUGGGUACCAAUAUUCUUCUACGUUUGAAGAUGUACAUAUGAAAGUUAUGACUAGAGUAUUACAUCCAUUGACAUUAUCAUUGUCUACAGUUUUUGUCCAUGUCCAGUGACUUCUACACCACUUUUAUAUGAUUCAGAAGUUUAUUUUUUGAAAUUGUUGUUAUUUAAAUCCAGUUGUUUUAAGGUUAGAAGGAAGGGACACCAUGGGUGAUUUUGAAAUUAAUAUAAAUGUCUUCUACUGUA